AUGGCAGUAAAAAAUCAGAAAAAAGAAAUAGUUGAACUUCUUAUUUCACAUGGUGCAAAUAUCAAUGAAAAAAAUAUAUACGGAAACAACGCACUUCUUAUGGCAGUAAAAAAUCAUAAAAAAGAAAUCAUUGAACUUCUUAUUUCACAUGGUGCAAAUAUCAAUGAAAAAGACAAAAAUGGUGACAUGGCUCUUCUUAUUGCAUUAAAAAAUCAUAAAAAAGAAAUUGUUGAACUUCUUAUUUCACACGGUGUAAAUAUCAAUGAAAAAGACAAAAAUGGUGAUACGGCACUUUUUAUUGCAGUAAAACAUUGUAAUAAAGAAAUCGUUGAACUUCUUCUAUCACAUGGUGCAAUUUUAAAUGAAAAAAAUGAAAAUGGAGAUACCGUUCUUCAUAGAGCAGCAUAUAAAAAUAGUAAUGAAAUAUGCGAACUUCUUCUUUCAUAUGGUGCAAAUAUUAAUGACAAAAACAAAUAUGGCAACACUGCCCUUCAUAUAGCAGCAAUUAAUAAUAGUAUAACCACUAUUGAACUACUUCUUUCGCAUAACACAAAUAUUAAUGAAAAAAAUCAAUUUGGAAAUACAGCUCUUGAUUAUGCAAAUUCACAUUAUUCUGAAAGAAUCGCCGAACUUCUACUUUCACAUGGUGCAAUAAAAUAA